AUGCAUAAGCUGAAAGUGGAAAACAUCACACCAUUAUGAAUUCAAUACCUCUAAAACACCAGUCACGUCAUUCAGUAGUACCACUGAAAUAACCUAUGAAAGCAUGGACCCAGCAACAUUGACUUUCUUUCCAUCCCAUGGCUUAAUCCAGUAUUCUGGUACUCCAGUGAGGGGUUUCUUUUGUGAAUGAGUGAGGUAUCUUUGGUCUAAUGGAGUAAUGGUCCCUCCUUCUAUUGGAUUAUGGGAGGGGUGUGGUAUUGUGGUAUUAAUCUGAGCAGACAGCAGGCAGGCAGCCUGCCCUGGACUAGUGGAGGGCUGUUGUGUCUCUGACGGAGUGACUCCACAGCACAGCUCUCUACAGCUCUGUCCAGUCCACACCGCUCUCUACAGCUCUGUCCAGUCCACACCUCUCUCUACAGCUCUGUCCAGUCCACACCACUCUCUACAGCUCUGUCCAGUCCACACCGCUCUCUACAGCUCUGUCCAGUCCACACUGCUCUCUACAGCUCUGUCCAGUCCACACCGCUCUCUACAGCUCUAUCCAGUCCACACCGCUCUCUACAGCUCUAUCCAGUCCACACCGCUCUCUACAGCUCCAGGGGAAAGAGACCGGUAUAGUUUCUCCUCUCCACAAAGAUGAACCUUUUCUGCUUCUCUCUGGUAAGGCUCAACUUUAUUUUUCUACUUCUCCUCAGUGUAGGGCUUCCCUCUCUCUCAGACGUGUGUGUGUGUGUGUUGAAGAGGGGCUGAUCUGUUCCUAAAAUUAGAGCGGAUUGAGAAGCACACUGGCGUAGCAGCCUCUCCCCCCCCCCCCCCCCCCCCCCCCCCGCAGCCCCAGCAACAUUUUCUCUAAGCCGCAUGGCAAAAUGCGUAAAAUAGCAUGAGAUUAGCUAUACAACUGCACAUUUAUGUCUCUGCCCCAUGGCAAAAUAAAUUCCAACAAAAUGGGGGGGGUCCUUGUUCGAACCUUGGGAGGGGCCCCGCGAAACUGCACCGCGCCACUGGAGAGGCAUGGCUUGAUUUGGUGGUGGAUUUGAGCCCAGCGGGACAGAAACGGACUAGGAUUUCUGUGGGGCUUUACUUCAGUGUCUUUUGAUGAAUUUUAUGGUGCUAUAAAAUCUCCUUUUAAAAUAGCGGUUUUAGUCUUUAUAAGCAGUGCAAUUGUGUCUUCUACUGUACAUUUCUGUGAUUGUGUAUGGAAGCAACUAAGUGAUGCUAUUACAGUACUGUUACACUAGAGAGUAGCUUUGGCGUGUGGUUUUUUAGAUGACCGAAAUAUGGGAGAUUUCAUAGAUUUAUAGAAAGGAAAUAAUCCCAAGCACAACUGUAUUAGAGGAGUAUGUAGCUGGAGCCUACCAAGUCCUCACCUUGGCCAGAUGCUGGGGAUGUUGAACACAGUUCAGGAUUAUUGACCGACUUGUCCUCAGAACUGAUCCAUGGUCAGCAGGUUGAAGAAGCGUGAUUGCAGCGUUGUUGUUUCUGUUGUUAUUCACCAUCACGUGUAUCAGGAUCUACUGCAUAAUAGUUCACAAUACAUAGUAGUGGCCCAGAUGUAAUGGAUCAAGACAGUUCUACAAGUGCUGCUGACAGAUUGUCUUUUUACACUGAACUAAAAUAUAAACGCAACAUGCAACAAUUUCAUAGAUUUUACUGAGUUACAGUUCAUAUAAGGAAAUCAGUCAAUUGAAAUAAAUAAAUUAGGCCCUAAUCUAUGGAUUUCAUGACUGGGAAUACAGAUAUGCAUCUGUUUGUCACAGAUACCUUAAAAAGAAAGUAGGGGCGUAGAUCAGAAAACUAGUCAGUAUCUGGUGUGACCACCAUUUGCCUCAUGCUGGGCGACACAUCUCCUUUGCAUAGAGUUAAUCAGUCUGUUGAUUGUGGCCUGUGGAAUGUUGUCCCACUCCUCUUCAAUGGCUGCGCGAAGUUGCUGGAUAUUGGCGGGAACUGUAACACGCUGUCGUACAAAUCGAUCCAGAGCAUCCCAAACAUGCUCAACGGGUGACAUGUCUGAGUAUGCAGGCCAUGGAAGAACUGGGACAUUUUCAGCUUCCAGGAAUUGUGUACAGAUCCUUGCGACAUGGGUCUGUGUCUUAUCAUGCUGAAACAUGAGGUGAUGGUGGCGGAUGAAUGGCACGACAAUGGGCUUAGGAUCUCGUCACGGUAUCACUGUGCACUCAAAUUGCCAUCGAUAAAAUGCAUUUGUGUUCGUUGUCCGUAGCUUAUGCCUGCCCAUACCAUAAUCCCACAGCCACCAUGGGCACUCUGUUCACAACGUUGACAUCAGCAAACUGCUUCCCACACGACGCCAUACACACUGUCUGCCAUCUGCCUGGUAGAGUUGAAACCGGGAUUCAUCUGUGAAGAGCACACUUCUCCAGCGUGCCAGUGGCAAUCAAAGGUGAGCAUUUGCCCACUGAAGUCGGUUAUGACGCCGAAUUGCAGUCAGGUCAAGAUCCUGGUGAGGACGACAAGCACGCAGAGGAGUUUCCCUGAGACGGUUUCUGACAGCUUGUGCAGAAAAUCUUCAGUUGUGCAAACCCACAGUUUCAUCAGCUGUCUGGGUGGCUGGUCUCAGACUAUCCCGCAGGUGAAGAAGCCGGAUGUGGAGGUCCUAGGCUGGCGUGGUUAGACAUGGUCUGUGGUUGUGAGGCCAGUUGGAGGUACUGCCAAAUUCUCUAAAACGACGUUGGCGGCUUAUGGUAGAGAAAUGAACAUUCAAUUCUCUGGCAACAGCUCUGGUUGGCAUUGCUGUAUUCAGCAUGCCAAGUCCACACUCCCUCAAAACUUGAGACAUCUGUAGCAUUGUGUUGUGUGACAAAACUGCACGUUUUAGAGUGGCCUUUUAUUGUCCCCAGCACAAUGUGCACCUGUGUAAUAAUCAUGCUAUUUAAUCAGCUUCUUGAUAUUGUCACAUCUCCUCCCGUUGCUCCCCUCCGGCGCUCUGAUUUGCCGGUCUACUGAGCCACCGGUCUGAGCGCACCACCUCGGCAACACCGGAAUGGAAACCCAACGCACCCUAAUCACCUCCUGCACCUCAUCAUCUCAUCACCACCCCUAUAUAGCCCUGGACUGUUCAGUGUUGUGUUGUGUGUGAUUGUUAGUGUCUUGUCGUGUACUCGCUCUUUGUUGUUCUCUUGCUCAGUGUUAAGUAAACCUUUACAUUGUUGAUUCCUGCAUCUGUGUCCUGCCUCUUCGUAUCCUCAGUACUCGUCACAGAUAUGCCACACCUGUCAGGUGGAUGGAUUAUUUUGGCAAAGGAGAAAUGCUCACUAACAGGGAUGUAAACAAAUUUGUGCACAACAUUUGGGAGAAAUACAUUUUUUGUGCGUAUGGAACAUUUCUGGGAUUUUUUAUUUCAGCUCAUGAAACAUGGGACCAACACUUUACAUGUUGCGCUUAUAUUUUUGUUCAGUGUAGAAAUAAUUCAAUCAAGAGAUGGUAAUCCAUAGAGAUAUCUGAUCAAAUCUUAUUAACCUUCCCCCAAGAAGCAAGCAAUCUCAAACAGGUUCUUGUUGCUAGACUAGCCCAGCAGUCUACAGCGUGUCCCUGAUUGUGUCCCUGAUUUUGUGUGUGUGUGUGUGUGUGUGUGUGUGUCCAGGAGGGUUCUAUGGACAGUCUGUAUGAGGCUGUGCAGGACUCCAGUGAUGCCCAGGUCUACACCAUCCCCUGCCGUUCCUCCAGCCGCUCCUGUAGCCUCGCCGUGCUGCUGGAUGAAAACCCCAAGUGGCAUGGCUCGGGACGAUCCAUCUCCAUGGUGAUUACACACACACACAUAUGCAUUGUGCACAAACGCAUGCACAUACCUAUGCAAAUGCAUGCAUACGCACGCACACAUAUACACACACACAAACGCACACACUUUGUACCCUUAGAUUGAGUUUUCAUUGGGAAGUCAAUUUUCCAGAAUUAAGAUCUUGACCUUGAAUAGACCAAAUGCUAAAAGCUGUAGCUCCUCUUCUCUGUGCGCCCAACAUACUCACUGAUAAGCGCAUUCAUGGCAGGAAAUUGUCAACUGUAUAGUUGAUCAUUUAUUUAAUGCCAUGCCAUGGGUAUAAGUUAUCCAUCUGGACAAACCAGAGCUAAAUCUUGUGGGGUACCUGUUCUCGCAGGAGUUGAGACUUGUGGUCUGCCAGAGGAUCAGAUUGGACCCAAACAAUAAAGCUGAUUAUGAAAUUAUGAUGAUGAAAACAAUCCAUUGACAGCUGGUCCUAAAGGCAUUAACCAUCAGCCGCCAAUCCAAUCUGUUCUGCUAAGAUGGCAUGGACAUCACAACCAAUAUUUUUGUCAUAUUUAUGCAAACGUUUUCAUGCCAAUAGGCAAACUCUUCCACUUUUAAGCAUGUAGAAUCAAAGAUUAAUAAUGUUCUCUUUUGCUUUCAGGAGAUCUCCCAAAUGCAGAACAACAACACCAAAAAUAAGAAAAGAAUGUGAGUUUGUCAUACUUUGUUCAGAUCUGUUUCUAUUGACAGAGUGUGCGUGCAGGGCAUUGUAUCCAUAAUAAAAAGCGCAGUGAAAGUGGAGAAGCCCUGAGCUCAGCCUUUAGUCAGUAGAGUAAAAUGGCUCCAAAGGCGCUCUAUCCUCCCAAGGGAUAAUACUUUAAGUCGCAACUCUUUACCAAGCUUCCUGCCUUUCUGCCCCUAUGUAGAUUUCACACUGUAAGCCCCCAAGCAUCUGUCUAUUUAGACAAUGCUAUCUAAAGCAAAAGAUUGGGAAGGAAUGAACAUCACAAUCCAAAUCAAUUACACACAGGAAAAUGUCAUUUUCAUUUCGGUGUCACCUGUCAAACCAAUGUGAUCAGAUGAAGAGGAGCCCCUGUUAUGUUGGUUGCCAAGAAAGCAGGAGGUGCAGGGUUCUGUGCUAGUUUGAGUACAAGUUUCAGUCAAGUCUCAUUCAACACCUUUAGCUUUUCUAAUUGAUGUCCCACUGCAAAAUCUACACAAGCAGCGCUUAAGAGCAAUCUCUAUGACCUUUAUGUUUUUAGACAGCUAUAAACUACAAAGAGAAAUGUUGAACCACAACAACUUACAUGAUUGAACUAUAUGGGAAUUCUCUCUCACUUGAAGACAUAGCAGGACUUUCUUUAAAUACAUAUACAGUGCCCUCCACUAUUAUUGGUACCCCUGUUUAAGAUGUGGUCGAGGACUUCCAAAAUCAUUUUUUUUUUAACAACAUAGAACCCAAAUGCAAAAAAAGAGAAAAAUCCAACCUUUUAUUUAAGUACAUUACUUUGGUGGUAAAAAAAAAAAUCACACAUUUAGAAAAAAAAAAACUUGAAAUCAUGUGUCCCACAAUUAUUGGCACCCCUAACAAUUCCGCUGAAAAAUUUUAUUGAUUUUUUAAAAAAUAUAUUUUUCUGUAGUUGCUAAAGUUGGUCAGGGUAUCUAGGAACUUUUAAUUAGUAAUUCAUGACUUCCUGUUUCCCUGGGGUAUAAAUAUGACGUGACACAGAGGCCUAAUUCUCCUACCCAUUUGUCAACAUGGCAAAGACAAGAGAACACCAUUCAAGUAAGGCAGAUUUGUGUCGACCUUCAUAAGUCAGGCAAUGGCUACAAGAAAAUAGCCACUCGCCUUAACUUGCCCGUAUCUACAGUCAGAGGAAUCAUUAAGAAGUUUAAAACAACUGGAACAGUGACAAACAAGGCUGGAAGAGGUCCCAAGUUUAUCUUGCCACAACGCACAGUGAGGAGGAUGGUAAGAGAAGUAAAAAAAAGUCCUAAGCUCACUGUCACAGAAUUGCAUCAAAGAGUGGCAUCUUGGGGUCACAAAGUCUCCAAAACAACCAUCAGACGCUCUCUACAUGCCAACAAGCUGUUUGGGAGGCAUGCAAGGAAAAAGCCUUUUCUCACUAACACUCACAAACGUAAACGUCUGGAGUUUGCUAAGCGGCACUGGGACUUCAACUGGGAUCGUGUGCUUUGGUCAGAUGAGACUAAGAUUGAGCUUUUUGGCAACAAACACUCUAAGUGGGUCUGGCGUAAAACAAAAGAUGAGUAUGCCGAAAAGCACCUCAUGCCCACCGUGAAGUAUGGUGGAGGAUCUGUGAUGCUGUGGGCCUGUUUCUCUUCCAAAGGCCCUGGGACCUUGUUAGGGUGCAUGGCAUUAUGAACGCUUUGAACUACCAGGACAUUUUAAAUAAAAACCUGAUGGCCUCUGCCAGAAAGCUGAAGAUGGGUCGUCAUUGGGUCUUUCAGCAGGAUAAUGAUCCAAAACAUGUGGCAAAAUCUACACAAAAAUGGUUCAGCAGUCACAAACUCAAGGUCCUCCCAUGGCCAUCUCAGUCCCCAGACCUCAACCCAAUCGAAAACCUGUGGGGCGAGCUAAAGAGGAGAGUGCAUAAGAGAGGACCCAGGACACUGGAUGAUCUAGAAAGAUUGUGCAAAGAAGAAUGGUCAAAGAUCCCUCUCUCUGUGUUCUCCAAUCUUGUGAAAUGUUAUAGGAGGAGAUUAAGUGCUGUCUUGUUGGCAAAAGGGGGUUGUACAAAGUAUUAACAUCAGGGGUGCCAAUAAUUGUGGGACACAUGAUUUAAAGUUUUUUUUUUUUUCUAAAUGUGUGAUUUUUUUUUUUACCACCAAAGUGGUUGGAUUUUUCUCUUUUUUUGCAUUUGGGUUCUAUGUUGUUUUAAAAAAAAAUGAGAAUUUUUGGAAGUCCUCGACCACAUCUUAAACAGGGGUGCCAAUAAUAGUGGAGGGCACUGUAUAGCAGUAGACCACAAUAUGGUUCACAGCCCUUUGUUAAAACAAUUGUGUUGUGGUUAGACUGGGGAUUAAAACAAUAUCCACUUAAAAUAUAGUCAGAUCUACUGCAAAGAUCCCUAGGACUUGCUGACUUAAGUGCACUGUAUCCCUUUGGGUCAAUCAGGCUGUUGAAAUGGCAGAUUGUGGCUUUAAUCCUGACAUUUUUCUGCCCUUUUAUUUCAGAACACAUGUAUCCAAAUCAGCAUCAGAAAACAGAACUUUAGGUAUGUAUAAUAAAGGUCUGCUUGUGUGGUGUACUUGAUGGACUCCCGAGUGGCUCUGUCGUAGCCGGCCGCAACUGGGAGACCCAUUGGUCCAGGGUAGGGGAGGGAAUGGCCGGCAGGGAUGUAGCUCAGUUGGUAGAGCAUGGCGUUUGCAACGCCAGGGUUGUGGGUUCGAUUCCCACGGGGAAAAUAAAAUAAAAAGAUAAUGUAAGUCGCUCUGGAUAAGAGCGUCUGCUAAAUGACUAAAAAUGUAAAUGAAGACUUAAUGAUAUACUGUACCACUAAGAACAAAAAUAUAUUUUUCAUUUAACCCUUAUUUUACAAGGUAAAUUGACUGAGAACACAGUCUCAUUUACAGCAACGAUAUGGGGAAUAGUUACAGGGGAGAGGAGGGGGAUGAAAUGAGCCAAUUGGAGGCUGGGGAUGAUUAGGUGGCCAUGAUGGCCAGAUUGGGAAUUUAGCCAAGACACCGGGUUUAACACCCCUACUCUUACGAUAAGUGCCAUGGAUCUUUAGUGACCACAGAGAGUCAGGACACCCGUUUAACGUCCCAUCUGAAAGACAAUCAAUCAACAGUUUAGCAUUAGCCAGACAUACAAUUUCAACCAAAUAGUCAAACCUGAGCAAUGCACAGACAAACAGUUAAAUUACCAAGAGAGCAUUACACCAAAACCUCUCUGGAUGUUUUUGUGCUGAAUUAGGUAAAAAGAUCAUUGGCACUUAGUAGGAGUCUACUACAGUAUUUUGUAGCAAUUUUUUUUGGGGGGGGAGGACACAUUAAACUCUCAUUGCCAGCCAUGGUUACUUGCUUGGCUGUCUGUGGUACUUAGGGCCUCCAUUUUGUUUUCACUGUGGUGUGCCCUGACCUUGGUCAGCCAAAUAAACCCCUUAAUGGUUUUGAUUUCUCUCCCUGCAGAUCAUGCCGCUGCCGGCUGCAAUACUACUCUCUGGCUGCCCGCCAAAGUCCCUCCAGAAGAAGAUUUAGAUUUAGUCCACAUCAAGAACAAUCAAAACGAAGGUAAAUUGUCUGGGGAUUUUGAGGUUAAGCUGAUCUAUUCGCUUGCGUUCAUCUGGACACUCCACCACAUGGGCUCUGGCUGUGGCGUCGCUUGAGUGUAGCCUACAGUUUUCAAGUGUCUGAAGAGAUUCCCAUAGCAUCCAAAUCCCUCUUACGGAGAGUGUUGUGCAGACUGGAGCUUGGCUGUCAGGCCUUGGAUUAAUUAAGUGCCAGCAGGAUAUUAGUGUAGUAACACUGGGGGCAACUCUGGGCAUGUGUAAUUUAGUCAGUGUACUACAGUACAUGAGGUUGUGGUGGGGGCAUUGCAUUAGUGUGUAGUACAUGAGACACAGGGUAGACUUCACUGCAUAAUACUGAAACUGAAUGUGAUUAUGAAUGGAUACAAGACAUUACAUCUCAGAAUAAAAGUCCCAAUCACAGUGCUGUAUUGGAACAUUACCUAUCAGGGUUUAGGAGUUUAGUGAGACUUCUGACUGGUGUGAUUCUGUGGUUCAGAGAUGGUCAAGCCCAUGGUCAGAACUGAGGUCCAGGCCAACGCCACGAUCAGGACCAAAAGGGGAAGAGGAGGACGCAAGUCGAGAAGAAAGAAAAAUGAAAAGCCACCAACUCAGGUUGGGAAAAAGAACUGUCCCUUAUUUUGUCCAGUACCUUGAGCUAUUUUCCCCUAUCAAUUUUUUCCAAAACUUGACUUAAUUCAUUGUUUCUUUCUUUUGUUGUAUGUAGGUGGUGAGUUCCGAGGGGUGGGCUCAGAACCCAGAUCGGCCCAACAGCAGACAGAGAGACCUGGUGAGUGAUCGGCCCAACAGCAGACCCCAUGCUGCCCAUCCCAUGCCAGCCCAGAGUCUUACAGUCUUAUAAUGAUAUGGCGGUCUGCCUGUUUUUCCAUCCAAAGAGCCUCUUGGCCUUAAAUUGGGCAAUCACUUAACACAAAUGCUGAUUGAAUUUUAAUACUGUACAGAUGGCUCAGCUGGGAGAGGGGUACCACUAUGCCCCCAUAAUCUUUGGGCCACAUGGCAAAGAGGGGUGGGUUGUUGGGGUGGCACCAGGGGAGUCCCUACUCUCACUAAUUCACAGUGAGGACCAGAUAUGGUAUUGCUUGCCAAUUGUGUGGGAGUGGAUCCACAUUUGGCCACUCAGCCUCUCUCAGUCCCUGUGUUGGCAGCUUGGCACAGAGGCUAACAAGACUAGUGCAGUGUGCUGAUAUCCUAAAAUGGGAUUUGGACACCAGUAGUGCCAGCAUCUCACCCAGAGAAAAUGCAUGGCUAGCUGUUCAUAAUACUAAUGGGUAAAAUCACCAUAAUCACACGACUGAGCUUUUUGAACCUGACAAUAGCUAGGUUUCCAUCCAAUUGGCGACAGAUUUCCACGCGAAUAGGCUACUCUAAAAUCCGCAUUAAGAAAAUAUGCACAUUUUUCCACCAGUGGCGUUUCCACCUAAUUGACUUUUUGCGGAUAGAAAUCAGUGCAUGAUGACGUAUUGCACACAAAAUGUACUUUUUUCUCUUAAGUUUUUAUGUACCGAAUAAAAAUCUAAACUUCAAAAUGUUUCCAUCACAUUUUCAACUCCUACCUAUAGUUUUGUCACAAACGCUGUUGCGUUAAAUAGCAAAUGUGCCUACUCUGGUCUUGGCACGUGCGCUCUAGCCAACCGCUCGCAGAUCCAUUGCGGGUAGGCUGUGUGGGUCUACAUCAGUGGUUCCCAAACUGUGGGGUACACCCCAAGGUUUUUUUUUGUUGAUGUAGGAACUCUUGAAAGUUGUAAUAGUAGAAUGCACAAGGUGCAGUUUUCCUCUUGUUAUGUCAGUCAUUGCAUACCUUAAAGAGCUAUUCAGAACUUCAACUAGCCCAUGUCAGCUAACUUUUUUAGCCCAUAGAUUUUGUUGUCAUGUUUGAGUCACUCAAAUAUCACAUGAAUAAACAUUAGACAUGGUAAAAGGUAUAGAAUUGAAUGAAAAGUAGCUUUAAAACGGCAACAUUUUCUCUUACCCCAUGACAAAAUGUGUAGAAUUGCAGGGAAUAAGCUUUAAACCUGCAACAUUUUCUCUCCUCCAACAAGAGGGGUGUGAACAGUUUGAGUCAUGAACAGUGCUUUUGCCCAUAGAAAUAGGCGUGGGAGGCACGGGAUGUUCCCCAAUGCUGGAAGGGGGGCCUGAGUGAAAAAGGUUGGAAACCCCUGGUCUACAUGAUGAGAUUAUUAUGGAUAAGAGCGAGAAUAUUUUUGUUUGUUAAAUGGCAGUCAAGCAUCGAUCAUCAUGUCACCAGAAUAAAACCCUCAAUGUUUAUUGGAAAGGAGCAUGAAUAUCACAGUGAACUUACCACCCUCUGAUGUUCAUCAAACUUAUUUCAGCUGUAGCCAAAUAAACUGCAGUUUCCCGAGUCGUAGUGGGAUGAGGACCACACACCAUAUCAUCGCGUUACUCCAAGUUUACUUCGAUAUGAUUAUUAUUAUAUCAAUAUUUGCGCAUAAAGGCGUUUCCACCGGUAUUUCUGGCAUUAUUAAUUUGACCAACACAGAAAGAUCCCACCAUGUCGAACGAACAAAUGAUCUGUCGUGAUUUAUAGAAUUGUACCGAAACUUCCUGUUUCCAUCACAGCUGUCGUCAUUUUUAAAAAUACGGUAUGACUUUACUCUGAUAAAAACUGUGGAUGAAAACGUGGUUAUUGACACCGAGGUAAAGACAGUUUCAGGUUCCUCCAUAACGGACAUGUUUUUAUUAUGUGUUUGAUUUUUGUGACACUCCAGAUUGUCCAUGCCAACGGGGAAGUGGCCAAGCCCAGAGUGCCAAUCAAAAAGAGUCAAAAGCAUGGGAGUCAGAAGACUGGGAAUAAAGGAAGUGCAAAAACUGGAAAAGAAGAGGCCAAGAAAAAUCAGGACACCACACGGAAUAAGGAACUCAGAAAAUCUACCACAGACAAUGAGACUUGUGGUAUGACAAAACAUGUGUUCUAUACAAUUUUGAUGAAUGUCCAUAUUUGUCAGAUGUUAAUUUCUGUAGCCUUCUUCUCCGGUCACCACCCAGCAGGGCCCAUCCCAGUGAUAGAAGGACCCUAUCUGGAUGUGGUCCGGAGGUCAGCUCCUGGUUGUGAGUCUGUACUACCAUCAGCCCAGGAGAAUGCUACCCUAGCCCCGGUGGCCAUGGAGCUGAGGACUGGGCCUGGAGUCCCUGGAGCUCCUCCCAGGAACCAGCGCUGGAGUAACCCAGCCGAGAACACUCCGGAUUGGGGAACGUCCUACCACAUCUGCCGCAGGCCCCUCACAGAGUACCCCGUUUAUGCCAAUGACUACACUCUGCCCCGGGCCAAGGACUGGGCCAAGCACCAGGGGCUGGCCCAAGAUGGGAGCCUGAAACGGGACCCCUUGCCACAGGGUGUCCCCCUCUCUGUUACUGAUGUGGAUCAAUGCAACCCCAAUGUGAGUUAAUGGCAAAAAAACAACAACAUAGCCAUCUGUUAAAGUAGAUUAUAGUAGAUUGGGCAUUUUGUGGAAAUGUUAGUUCCAAUCUAUACCCUACUUCAAAUGCCUUGAAACCAACCAAUCAAAAUGUUCCAAUGAAAUAGAUUAUUUGUUUUUAUUUGAACCCAUAGUAAGUGACUGCUAAAAAGACUACGAACACUAGGACACUAGGAAAGAGGAUGUGCUCACAUGCACUCAUUGAGAUAUUUCUAUACAUGCAGUAUAUCCAAUCUGAAAUUCAGUGAGCACAUGCUCUGAGUGCUUUGUGUGAGACAAAGCUAUUGUUUGGGGUUUACGUGAGAUUGGGGCAGAUUAUUUCAGAUUACUCCAUUGUUGUGAUUGCGUAGGCUCCUAUAGAUUUAUCUUCUCCUUUGAUUCCUGCAGAGGGAUCAACACCUACGGGUUACAGGCCAUUGAAGGCAAAACUAGGCAAAAGGAGUGGCUAGUAUUUGGACAAAUGUUUAUCUUUAGGAAUCCGUAAUAUGGCUAUUUCAGAUUUUUCUUUCUAAUAAACAGGGUUAUAAAAUAGAAAAUAGGGCCAUGUCUAAAAAUAUAGGAUUAUAUCUGUCAAUAGCAUCAAUUGAAAAAAUAAGCAUUCCUAAUGUAUCAGUAGGAGUGUUUAGGGUGUUCAAUUUUAAAAUCAAUAUAAAUGUGUGUACUGUAGGUACAUUUCCCCCGCAUGCUGCCCUCUAGUGACUUCAUGUAGGAUUAGUUUAUGAAAAUCAUUUCAUGCAACAUUUAUGAACAAUACCAAGCCUCCUCACGUGAAAAACUGCUGAGUAUUUCCAAGGGUCGGCCUGGAGGGUCUGAAGAAAUAGAUUAGAAACUGUAAUCCUGGAUUGAGACAAGUAUGCCUGAUUGCAAACAGUGUGGGAUUAGGAAAUGUAAUUUUCCAUAUCCUUUUCUCUUAUUUGCCAUUGGUCGAUUGUAGCUCUUCAAUGUAAACGUUUAAUUGAAUCCCCUCCCUAUAACGUCAGAGGACUGAUUAUACACAUAUUGGAGGACCAUGAUGUGCCUAUACAACCUCUGCAUGAACUCACUAUUUUAUUUGUUUCUGAUAUGAAUUUUACCAUUAUUUGUGAGAAAACAGAACCCUCUCCAAGCUGAGACCUAUAAGUAAUGAUGAGAAUGACUAAUGGUUUGGAACAUUCCACUGCAAGAAAUAAGUAAUGUAGAACAGCUUGCUGUAACCUAGUAACCCCUGUAGUUCAGUUGGUAGAGCAUGGUGCUUGCAACGCCAGGGUUGUGGGUUCGAUUCCCACGGGGGGGCCAGUAUGAAAAUGUAUGCACUCACUAACUGUAAGUCGCUCUGGAUAAGAGCGUCUGCUAAAUGACUAAAAUGUAAAUGUAACCCACAUACUAGCUUGCUAAAAAGUUAUAAACCAACCUAUGAAUUAAAUAGGUCAUUGAUGCUGACUGAUUCCAUAAUUUUUUAUGGGCAAAAUGUAACUUAGAAUAGCCAUUUAUAUAGCCUAAUGUAAGAUAAUCACAGCAAGUUUGAUUUAAUGUGGCAGUAAAUUACAUUUAAUGUGUCAAACGUGUUAUCAAGUAGAUCAAAAACAUCUAGUUUUAGUAAUAUAUCCAUACUGAGUGCAGAUGAUGAAGCGGAAACUGUUUCGACAUCACAGAGUUGCCAUCUUCCUCUCUUCCUGUGUCUGCCGUUCAUAGCCUCAACACUUCCUCAAAACAAUCACCCGAGUUUUUGACAUUUGAGCAAAAAAAAGUUCAACCUUGACAUUAUAAUUUAGGAUAAGUCUAUUUUCUGCUUUUUUCUUACUGUACAAUCCAGGUCUGCAAAGCUCUUAGAGAUUUACCCAGAAAGACUCACAGCUGUAAUCGCUGCCAACAGUGAUUCUAACAUGUUUUGACUAAGGGGUGUGAAUAGUUAUGUAAAUUAGAUAUUUAUGUAUUUUAUUUUCACACAUAAGCAAAGACCCUCCCCCCCAAAAAAUUGGGGGGGGACUUUGUCAUUAUGGGGUAUUGUGUGUAGAUGGGUGAGAGAAAAAAAUCUAUUUAUUCCAUUUUGAAUUCAGGAUGUAACACAACAAAAUGUGGAAUAAGUCAAGGGGUAUGAAUACUUUCUGAAGGCAUUGUAUAGCCUAUGCCAGGUGUGAGUUAUGCAACAAAUGUAGCCCAACCACAUAUGGUAACUAGGUUCCAAAAUUAUAUCACCGUCAUCACAGAGGGAGACCACAAAAUGUUCAUCUAGCAGAAUGUGUUUUUUCCCCUACUGAAACCGAUUCCGUGGUAAUAGACAGAAUGUUGAUUGCCUCACAUGCCACAUCCUGUCCUUUUGAGGAAGUCAAGCAUUCGGUCUGGGUUAGUUUAUGCAGUUAACACUUAGAUACCAUUAGAGUUGGUCAGAGUACAGAUAUGCUUCUUUAAGAUUUCAUUAGACUGAACUCUAAAACCAACCAACAUCAACACAAAAUGCUACAGAGGGCAGCCUCAAAUGUUUCAGACAAAUCAAAGCUCAGUAAACCAAAGGUAGGUGAAAACAAAUUAUUUCUAAGUAGCGUGUCCAAAUACAUUGAAUUGAUGACUAACUGUGUAGAAUUGAUAACUAACUGUUUAGUGCUAACUACCUACAAUAGUUAGCACUAAAAUGUGAUUCUAAUUAAAAGAAGAAGCAAUGCUUGACUGAUGGUCAGUAGAAAGAAUACAUUGGUCAUCUGUGUGGAAGUGCAGCAGAUAUAUGGUCAAAGUUGUAAGAAGGGGGAGGGUCCAUCAAAUUACUCAAAAGGUUCCCUAGAUUGCUGCAGAGUGUGUGGUCCUAGUAUUUAAUAGGGAUUUACUGGGAUUAUACAUUUAUAUAAUUAUGUUGGUGAUCUGAUGUGGAGAUACUGGCAUUUGGACAGAUUAUAAAUACUUUUAGGUUUAUGAACAUUUUGAAAAAUCUAUGAACUGCACCUCACAAGCUCUUCCUGAUAGAGAUACACACAUAGUGCAAAAGAGAUUGAGUUCAAGUUGCCACAUGUGCCAGACUUCUAGGCUCAACACACAUUGUGCAAGACAAUGGCACAGUAUUACUGUAAAUCAAGGGUGUAGGAGAACAUAAUUCAUUACCAUGGAAUUUGUCCCUCAUUAGCAUAAUAUGAAAGGAAUAAAAGGAAAGGAAAUGAUCAUAAACACAUUUGAUUGGGUGAUUGGGUGGGAUGGGGGUGCAACAUGCAUUGCAUAAUAUUCCAGAUUGGGUCCUGACUCCUGCUGCCACUGUGGUAAACACACAUUUAAUCUGUCAUCUGUAAUCUCUCCAUGCAGCGCUCCACCAGUUUUGGGCGAUUUGAGGGCCUCAGACAACCAUCACCAGCCAGACUAGAGGAAAAUGGAACAACAGUGGCAGAGGAGUCUGGAUGUGAGGGUUCUGAUCAGACCAAACAAGGCAGCCUGGGGAAGAAGAUGAAGGCCAUCUCUCUGACCAUGCGCAGGAAGAUGGGCAAGAAGCACUCCAAAACCUUCUCUGAGGAAGCUGUGAGUCACAAUACAGACUGCCUCUUCCUCAUCCUACACAGUACUUAGUAUUCUGCGUAGUCUAUCAAAGCAUCUAGAGGCUCUUAAAAUAUUGUAUAUUUCCUCUCUGACUGGCUGUAACCCACAUCCUCAAAUGCAACAUUGUGAUGUCUACCUAUGUCAUAAGAAUACUCUUGUAAAAUAAGUCUGGCCAAGCAAGGUUCAAUUUGUGUUGAAAUUAGGUCUAAGUGACAAAAUAGUAUCCAACAACCUGGUCAGUAUUUGGAAGUGGCUAUGUUGAAUUGUUAACUCAAUGACACUUCCUUAUAUAAAUGGCACAGUUAUGUACAGUAUAUAGGAAUCAACAUCAAUUUGGCAGACUCACAUAGUGGCUUGUCCAUCUUGUAUUUCCCAUGCAGGGUGAGGACACUGACAGAGACCUAGAAGAGGAAACAGAGAGAGGUCAUCCUUUAGAGAAAUGCUCUGAAAAGACCAGCAACUCUCUGGAGAGCCUGUCCAGCGGACAGAGUUCCUCCAGUAAGUCCUCUCCACAGGGAUGUCAACAGAAAGUCAUGUCUCUCCUCAUACAAGUCUGUAAAUGAAGAUACAUGUUUGUAAAUGAAGAAUAAGCAAAUGUGAUGUGUUUUCAUGCGUUUUAUUUUACCAUUGUAUUACCAUAUUAUUACCAUUAUAUUACAAUAUUAUCAUAGGCUUGUAACCUUCCCUCCAACACAAGGAUACACGCACGUACUCUUCUUUGUCCAGGGGUAAAUAUGUGCAGUGUAAUCAUACUGUGAUGUCUUGUCCCCUGUUGGCUCAGGUGGUGUGGCCAGCGUCUCAGAUGGCUCCAGUACCAGAGACAGUCUGAGACUAGAAGAGGACGGCUCCUACAACGGACACUUCUGUGGUAGAGCACGGGUCCACACAGACUUUGUUCCCAGCCCAUAUGACACUGACUCCCUCAAACUCAAGGUAGACAGAAGAUACAGUGCCUUGCAAAAGUAUUCAUCCCCCUUGGCGUUUUUCCUAUUUUGUUGCAUUACAACCUGUAAUUUAAAUGGAUUUUUAUUUGGAUUUCAUGUAAUGGACAUACACAAAAUAGUCCAAAUUGGUGAAGUGAAAUGAAAAAAAAUCUAAAAAAUACAUAACGGAAAAGUGGUGCGUGCAUAUGUAUUCACCCCCUUUGCUAUGAAGCCCCUAAAUAAGAUCUGGUGCAACCAAUUACCUUCAGAAGUCACAUAAUUACUUAAAUAAAGUCCACCUGUGUGCAAUCUAAGUGUCACAUGACCUGUCACAUGAUCUCAGUAUAUAUACACCUGUUCUGAAAGGACCCAGAGUCUGCAACACCACUAGGGGCACCACCAAGCAAGCGGCACCAUGAAGACCAAGAAGCUCUCCAGGUCAGGGACAAAGUUGUGGAGAAGUACAGAUCAGGGUUGGGCUAUAAAAAAAAUAUCUGAAACUUUGAACAUCCCACGGAGCACCAUUUAAAUCCAUUAUUAAAAAAUUUAAAGAAUAUGGCACCACAACAAACCUGCCAAGAGAGGGCCGCCCACCAAAACUCACGGACCAGGCAAGGAGGGCAUUAAUCAGAGAGGCAACAAAGAGACCAAAGAUAACCCUGAAGGAGCUGCAAAGCUCCACAGCGGAGAUUGGAGUAUCUGUCCAUAGGACCACUUUAAGCCGUACACUCCACAGAGCUGGGCUUUACGGAAGAGUGACCAGAAAAAAGCCAUUGUUUAAAGAAAGAAAUAAGCAAACACGUUGGCGCCAAAAGCCAUGUGGGAGAAGGUACUCUGGUCAGAUGAGACUAAAAUUUAGCUUUUUGGCCAUCAAGGAAAACGCUAUGUCUGGCGCAAACCCAACACCUCUCACCACCCCGAGAACACCAUCACCACAGUGAAGCAUGGUGGUGGCAGCAUCAUGCUGUGAGGAUGUUUUUCAUCGGCAGGGACUGGGAAACUGGUCAGAAUUGAAGGAAUGAUGGAUGGCGCUAAAUACAGGGAAAUCUUGAGGGAAACCUGUUUCAAUCUUCCAGAGAUUUGAGACUGGGACGGAGGUUCACCUUCCAGCAGGACAAUGACCCUAAGCAUACUGCUAAAGCAACACUCAAGUGGUUUAAGGGGAAACAUUUAAACGUCUUGGAAUGGCCUAGUCAAAGCACAGACCUCAAUCCAAUUGAGAAUCUGUGGUAUGACUUAAAGAUUGCUGUACACCAGCGGAACCCAUCCAACUUGAAGGAGCUGGAGCAGUUUUGCCUUGAAGAAUGGGCAAAAGUCCCAGUGGCUAGAUCUGCCAAGCUUAUAGAGACAUACCCCAAGAGACUUGCCGCUGUAAUUGCUGCAAAAGGUGGCUCUACAAAGUAUUGACUUGUGAAUAGUUAUGCACGCUCAUGUUCUGUUUUUUUUGUCUUAUUUCUUGUUUGUUUCACAAUAACAAAUAUUUUGCAUCUUCAAAGUGAUAGGCAUGUUGUGUAAAUCAAAUGAUACAAACCCCCCAAAAAUCAAUUUUAAUUCCAGGUUGUAAGGCAACAAAAUAGGAAAAAAUGCCAAGGGGGGUGAAUACUUUCGCAAGCCACUGUAAUGCUUCUAGAUUGGGGUAAUGUGAAAUGUCAUGAAAGAUGUUUGUAAAAGCUGUUUCAUGAACCUAUAUGUAUGAAUCCAAUCUCUUGAUGUCUUUUCCCAGGUUGGAGACAUUAUCAGCAUCAUCAGUAAACCUCCCAUGGGCAUAUGGACGGGGAUGCUGAACUACAAAGUGGGCAACUUCAAGUUCAUCUACGUUGACGUGGUCAUGGAGAAAGAGAGAGAGGAGGAGGCGCCAAAGAUCAGGCCUCAGAGGAUGAGCAGGAGACCACGACCAAAGACACUACUGGAACUACUGCAGCGUCUUCAUCUAGAGGUGAGUGCUCAGAGGUCAUAGCUAGAAGGUUUUGUCAAAUUAACUUCAGAUUUGACUUUUCGUAGCAGGUUAGGAUAAUUAACCUAGCAGGUUAGGAGAAUUAGGUUAAGGUUAGGGAAAGGGUUAGGGUUAGCUAAAAUGCAAAAAUAAUCGUAUUUUGAUGUUAAUUAGACAAAAGCUGGAUCCCUUCUAGCUCUGACCCUGUUAAAAUGACUGCCAAAUACAGCUCAAUUUUUUCUUUCCAGUAACCAAUCAAUCCAUGACAUGAAACCUACACUGAGAAAACAAUGUAAAGUGUCCCACAACUCUACUAGACACACAGUAUUGAGAACGGUGUUGUCUCAAGUACCCAACAAAAUAAUUAUAAUAUGCAUAAACAUAGCCUAAAGCACUCAAAGGUGAACAAAUUAGUAUAAGAUUAUGAAAGGUAGAUGAGAUGACAUUGACAAUGGAACUAUAUCAUGUUUAUUCCAGGAGUAUGCAUCUGCACUGCUUCUGAAUGGCUACCAGACAGUAGAGGACCUGAGGCACCUGCAGGAGAAACACCUUAUAGAGCUGAACGUGAUGAAUCCAGAACACAGAGGCAGGCUGCUGGCUGCUGCAGACUGCAGAUAUACAGAGAGUGAGUAGCAAAACCAAUUUCUACUGUAGCCUAGCCCUACUCCAUUUCUACUGGGGCAAAGGAAAUGGGCAAUUGUACCACAGACAUUUUGUGCUGUGCAGCACUACGUUCAGAAAGGAACAUCUUGAUCUUUGUGUAUGAUAAGCAGAUGCUUAUCGCUGUUAUUAUUAAAGAUGUGCCCAUCCUGCAGAGUUGGCACCAGUCAGAGAAAAACUGCUUAAAGAGGCACAAUGUCUUCCUCUAUUCUAAUCCUCUAUAAAACACUGCAAGGCUCUGAAACACAAAAUGAAACAGAAAGAUUGGUCUCCAAUCCAGAUUAAGAAAUGAACAAUACUAGCCAGUUUCUGUCAGCUGCUUACAAAACGGGAUGCGUUUUAGCAUAAGGGUUAUUAAUGUUUGUGUCCUCACAUAACACCAUUUAUGUUAGUGAAAUUAAGGUCAUAAAUGUGUGUUGGGCUAAUUUCGGACCAAACAGAUGGCACUGCCACCCUGGCUAAACCAGAUAUCGUGACUGUGGGCUAGUUCCUGACCAAACAGAUGGCACUGCCACCCUGGCUGAACCAGAUAUCGUGACUGGCUGUUGGAUAACCCUGGCAGAGGUUACCAGCCAGGGAGGAAUUUAGUCAUUAAAUCAAGCUUAAUUCCAUUUGGAUGAUGUGAGAAUGGCAACCCUAAUUAAUUUAAAAAUUGACUUGGAUCCGGGCAGCCAACCUGCAGGUGUCUGUCUGUGUCUGAGGGUCCAAUCAACCAGACUGCUUUGUUCUUGUGUUCGCAGGCGAUGAUGUGAGGGAGAGUGAGGAGCCCUCUUCAUCACACAGCCUGAAGGAGGAGAAGAGUGACUGUCCCAGAGACUCAGGCUGCUUUAUUCCAUCAGAGUGCUCUGAAAACAGCAAAGAUGACACAGAGAGCCAACCAGUCACACACUGAUAGGCCGCACUAUCCUAAUAAACAUACCGGUAUAAAGAGUUGAUUAACUAUUACGUUUUGACAUGUAAAUUACGAUGGUUCACCAUGUUUGUCUCGUCUGUAUUUGGUUUAACAAGGUGGGAUUUCAUUAAUUAAAUGUUAAAUGUAGGCUAUUUUUCUUAAAACCGAUGAAUUUGUUCCUCCUUAUAAGCCUUCAUUUAUGAACCUUUUUCUUUAACCUAUUAAUUCACAUAAAGCAUUGGGCCAAACUCAUUCCACGGAGGGCUGCGGGGUUCUGCUCCUCCCUUGUCCUUGAUUGAUG